GUGACGUGUCAAGUCCACACGCACACUACUCGAAGCAGCAGGGCGUCAUCCCAUACGCUCCGUUUGCCGCAAGAGCCGUUCUUUCCCCCCUUGCCUUGCUUGUCCCUGCCCCCUUUGCGCACCUCCUCGUACAUACAUAACCAACGGACGUAUAAGCCAUGUCUUCGGCCUCUCCUCCAAAGGAACCAGAGGUGGAACCAGUUACUCAGUCAGGAGACGAGGCGGAGCCCAUGGAAAGAGAACACCACGAUAUACAGACGCAGGGCCAGGGCGAAUUCGAGGUCAAAGAGCAGGACCGAUGGCUGCCAAUUGCAAAUGUGGCCCGAAUUAUGAAAACUGCCCUGCCCGAGAACGCCAAAAUAGCAAAGGAAGCAAAGGAGUGCAUGCAGGAGUGCGUGAGCGAGUUCAUAUCGUUCAUCACCAGCGAAGCUUCGGAAAAGUGUCAGGGAGAGAAGCGCAAGACCGUCAAUGGAGAGGAUAUCCUGUUUGCUAUGACAUCGCUCGGAUUCGAAAACUACGCCGAAGCCUUGAAGAUCUACCUUACGAAAUACCGGGAAACCCAAACUGCCAGGGGCGAAAACCAGAACCGACCAUCCAGCAGCGGUUAUGGAUCCGGUGGCCCAGUCGGCGGUCCCGCCCCCGUACCAGCAGGCAUGGCCGGAGCAGCUCCAGCUCAACAACCACCAGCGGGCUUCACAGUCCCUCCACCCCCAGAGGCUUCCAACAACCUUCUGACUGCGAGUCUCGACCCGAACGAGCAGGAUGGCGCAGCAUACGGCUAUCCAGCCAUGGUAGGCACGGCGCACAAUGGCGCCGGUGGAGAGACUUACUAG